CACAAAUACUUUUUCAGGGUUGAAAAAAACUCCACCCCAUUAUACCUCUUCUCCGCUUCUUUAACAGCCUUCCAAAGAGGAAUCUACUGGGUUGAAGUCAUGUUUGAAGGGAAGACAACAGGCUGUGAUGAUAAUGAAACGGAUCAUCUGCCGCUGAGAGAGAGAGCUCAAACAGUGAGCCAGACGGAGCCUGACGUGCCCGGUCCAAAAGGUCAACACUCAAGCUGGUGCAGGAGGACCACGAUAAACAAAGGACAGGACGGGCAGGGACAAGAGGAGUGUAUGAUGUCUGAUGACGAAUAUGACACCGACUUAGAACUGGAAGAAAGAGAGGAUUCACAGGAUUCAGCAGGACAGAGGUGUUACCUGGAGGUGUGUAAGAAGUUGCAGGUGGUGCCAUCCUCUUACUUCCUGCACAAUAUGCAAACUACUAGUGUGUUCAUGAUGCACUACAGCCUGGGGCCGCAGGGCACCAAAGCACUGGCGGUUUCCCUGGUAACCAACACUUCAAUACUGAGGCUCAACUUGCGAGAUAAUUGGAUGGAAGGAAUGGGCGGAGCUGCUAUUGCUGAGAUGUUAAAAGAAAAUUGUUACAUUACAGAAGUGGACCUGUCUGACAACAUGCUUGAGGAUUACGGGGCCAAGGCCAUAGCCAGCAUGCUUCAGAAGAACGCCACCUUGGUCAGCCUCAACCUCUCGGGAAACCAUGUGACAGACCGGUCCACCGAGCACCUCGGUCAAGCCCUCAUCACAAACACGACGCUCCAGCACCUGGACCUCAGCCACAAUGCUCUAGGAGAAUGUACAGGUCAAAAUCUGAGGGACUGCCUGUCAGAGAACAUGGGGUUGAGAUCAUUAAGUCUGGCUUGGAACUCCAUUCGAGGGAAGGGAGCUGUGAUGUUGGCAGAUGGCCUCAGGGAAAACAUCUUCUUGAGAACAGUGGAUUUGUCAUUUAAUGGCUUUGCAAAAGAAGGAGCUGUUGCUAUGGGACUGGCACUUAAAGAGAAUGAUGUUUUGGAGGAGUUGAACCUGAGUAACAACCGAAUCCCCCCUGAAGGAGCCAUUCACCUCGCCCUGGGCCUCAAAGUAAACAAGAGAAUCAAAUCUCUCAACAUAAGUAGAAACCCAGUCCAAAAUGCCGGGUGUUAUGGGAUCCUCCAGUCUGUACGGGACAACCCAGAUUCAGCCAUGGAGUCAUUAGAUUUUUCUGACAUUGCUGUGAACCAGGAUUUUGAAGAGUUGUAUGCUGCAGUGAAAGAAAAAUAUCCUGCGCUUACAGUAAAUCACGGAGGCACAUUUGACACAUUCAGAAAAGUAAAAGCAUAAAAAGUGUCAAACUGUAAUUGCUGUACUUUUACAGCAAUAUGAUAGAACAUGUCUUGUCAAAUCUCUGUGGAUGUUUUCAUCAAGGGAUGGAUGUGCUGAAGGACGGGAUUUUAAAAGUGCCCUUACAGCGCAUUCCUCUGACAAAAAGCAUUUAGAAUAAAUAGAAUAUUUUUAAGCCCUAUUCAAGUGGAAACAAACAUACCUGCGAGGUAGCCUGUGUAAUUUCCUAAAUCAGCAUGUAUACGUGUGGAACACUCAGAAAAGUACCAUGGCUGAAGAUGUUGAACACUGACAUAUAAUACAGAUAUUCAGAUUUUUUUUAGAAAUGAUCUAAUUUUGAAGUUAUGUAACAUCAGUGGGUAGAAUGAUGGAGAGGAUCAGAGAGCAAUGCACUGUGCAUGAAAAGAUGUGAAAGUGGGUAGCACAAAAAGGAUUUAAGUACUGCACAACUAAUCUAACAGAGAAUUACAUCUUUGAAAGAAUGGCUCACCAUUAGA